AUGGCAUCCAUGCCGGAAGCCGCCAUGAAGCUCCUCCUCGUGCGGCCUGCCGUGCCAGCACCUCUCGAUCCCAACUUCUCUCCGCUGGUCUUGGCAAAGCGGAAGUACCUUAAGGCAGUCGCCGCUGCCAGUGGAACAUGGGAGGGGUUCAUGGGCUACAUCUUCCCUGGGAAUCCGGUGUACUUGGAAUGGGCCCUGCCGAGAGCUGACGGCUGCGGGCGGUACAAGUUGCCGGUCUUUCCGGAAGGGCAUGGUGAUCAAGAAGCAUCCAUCUACCUGGCCGGCAUCCUGAUCCAGGAAAUGAUUUGGCAGCGAAGUGCCUCCGGCCUCCUCCUGUGUGGUCCACCGCACAUCUGCGAAGCCCUCAAGCGGGAUUUUUCCAAAGGCGGCAAGUAUGACUUCGAGGUAAUGUCGAUGCCGAACGUUUGUGGAACUUCGGACAAAGCUUUCGAGGUCAAAGUUGUGGCAAACGUAGAGGAACUGCCCGUGGGCAAGGACACACCGCAGGUUUGUGGCAAAGUCGCGGAUGGCUGCCGACUGGCUUUUGAUUUGGGAAAAAGUGACAUCAAAACGGUUGCCGUCAAGGAUGGCGAAGUUGUGUACUCCAAAGAGACCGAGUGGGAUGUGACCAACGCCGAUCCCGAUUACCAUUUCAAAGCUGUCACCGAUGCGCUGAAGCUUGCCAAAGAGAAGCUUCCCAAAGUUGAUGCCAUAGGAGGCAGUGCCACGGGAACGGUUGGCGCAAACAACGAGGCAACUUGGUGCGACAUUUUCCCAAAUGUGCCUCCUCCCAUUUACAAGCAGAAGGUGGUCGACAUCUUCCAGCGCAUCGCGAAGGAUGUGGCGGGCUCCGUGCCGCUCAAAGUGAUCAAUGACGGGGAAGUGACUGCUCUAGCUGCCGUGCAGAAGCUUGAUGGCAAGGGCAACAUCAUGGGCAUUUCAAUGGGCAGCAGUGAGGGCGCCGGCUAUGCGAAUGCCGACGGAAACCUCAUGGGCUGGAUUAACGAGCUGUGCUACGUCAAGUUGGAUAUGAACCCAGAGGCCCCAACGGACCCUUGGACAAAGGGCUCUCACACUGGCAUCUCUCACAUGUACCUGGGGCAGCGUGGAGCGACCAAGCUGGCUGCCAAGGCCGGCGUGAAGGUGCCGCCGAACUACGUCUAUCCCCAUCCGGACAUGUGCUCAAUCAAGCACGAGGACCAUGCCCAGUGCCUCAAGCUCAUCCAGAAGGCCAUGGAAAAUCCGGCUCAGAAGCCUCAGGUGGAGAAACUUUACAUCACCAUGGGUGUGUACCUGGGCUAUGCCUUGGCUCAGUACUGCGAGUUCUACCCCAUCGAUCAUGUCAUGAUCCUGGGCCGUGUAAGCAAGGGUGCGGGCGGUGACAUCAUGUUGGGCACAGCGAAGAAGGUGCUGGAGACCGAAUUUCCUGAAAUUUCUGGCAUCCAGUUUCACACGGCCGACGACCACUUCAAGGCAGUAGGCCAGUGCAUUGCGGCCGCUGCGUUGCCAUCGAUUGCUGCUGCCUGA